GCAGUAAGAUUACAUGUAAAUAGGUUAGUUGUAUAUUUUUUUCAGUGUCCCGACUUAUUGUAUGCUUGUAAGACUAUUCCGUAAGCCCUGCUAACGUACUAUAUCAAACAGAAGUAUUCCAUUCAAGUUCAGGUUCAAGUGCAUCGUGGAUAUUUGUAGUGCGACUUUCCACCGGUGACAGGUAGUUAAAAAAAGAAAUUGUUUCAUCAUGCCUUUUACACUCUACCUAGUAUCAUCUAUAGAUGUUAGUGUAAUAUAAGAAAAUAUGCCUAGUACUUUAGAAGAAUCUAAUAUUUACGAUAUCGACCUCAUGACAAGAUUAUUAUAGGUGAUGCUGCGGAGCUGCUGCUAAACCAGCCUUCAAUAGUUUCCCAGAGACAAGAUUUCCAAGCACUAGGUUAAAGCAAUGAGUAAUUGUUUAAUAAGGCCGAGGCUAUAUCUAUUGUAGUUAGUUUCCGAAUAAUACUCCGCAUAUCUCCAGCUUCACCCUUGGCCCCAAAACGGACUUCUCCGCAAACCCCACAGAAUCUCCAAAUUCCAAGCAUUCCGAAGUCACAUCGUGACCUUGCGGCGGAACAAGAUUACGAAAAUUAGACCGAAAGGUCCACGAACCAUUAUAUAAAUACUAUAGAUGAGUGCGUAUAAUGAUGUGCUCAUUAGCCACUCAGGAUUCGGAGCUCAUCUUGAGGGAGCCUCAUCUUCAACAUCUCAAGACACGAUGAAGCUCACACCAGCUGUUUUGGCGGGAACCCUUGUCGCAAGGCAAGACAUCGACUACAAUGCGGCACCGCCAAACUUGUCAACUCUCGCCAACUCGACUCUCUUCGAAACAUGGCGGCCGAAAGCGCAUGUUCUUCCCCCAUCUGGGCAGAUAGGUGAUCCCUGUAUGCAUUAUACCGACCCCGAAACUGGGCUCUUCCAUGUCGGUUGGUUGCAUAACGGUGCUGCUGGUGCCACGACAGACGAUCUUGUUACGUAUCAUGAUGCCAAUCCAGACGGACGGCCGUUCAUAGUAGCAGGCGGGAAGAAUGAUCCAAUCGCAGUAUUCGAUGGGUCGGUCAUCCCUAGUGGCAUCGAUGGCAAGCCUACCCUUCUGUAUACAUCUGUGAGCUUCCUACCUAUCCAAUGGACUAUCCCAUACACACGGGGAAGUGAGACACAAUCUUUGGCGGUAUCUCGUGACGGAGGUCGUAACUUCACGAAACUUGAACAAGGGCCUGUCAUUCCGUCACCGCCUUUCGCAGUCAAUGUGACAGGUUUCCGCGACCCUUUCGUCUUCCAGAACAGCCAGCUCGAUACCGAACUUGGAAGUGCUCCUGGAACUUGGUAUACCGUUAUCUCUGGGGGCGUCCAUGGAGAGGGGCCUAGUCUGUUCCUCUACCGACAGCACGACCCAGAGUUCCAGUACUGGGAAGAGUUAGGUCAAUGGUGGCAUGAACCCGCUAACACAACCUGGGGUAAUGGUGACUGGGCUGGUCGGUGGGGGUACAACUUUGAAGUCGCCAACAUCUUCUCCUUGGAUGAGCAGGGCUACAAUGCUGAAGGCGAAAUCUUCACAACCUUAGGCGCUGAAUGGUCGUUGGACCCAAUUGUGCCGCAAGUCUCGGGUUUCCGCGAGAUGCUUUGGGCAGCUGGGAACAUUUCUCACAAAGAUGGAAAACUCAAGUUUCAACCAACUAUGGCCGGAAAGCUUGACUGGGGAGCUUCUGCAUAUGCUGCUGCUGGCAAGGAGUUACCGGCAACCUCGAAAGCCUCUCAGAAAAGCGGCGCCCCCGAUCGGUUCAUCUCCUAUUUAUGGCUAACGGGAGAUUUCUACGACACUCUGGACUUCCCGACUAAUCAGCAAAAUUGGACCGGUGCACUCCUGCUCCCGCGUGAGUUGAGUGUCGGAAAGAUCAGCAAUGUUGUCGAUAAUGAACUUGUUCAUGAAACCGGAUCGUGGAGGAUUGGUAGUAACGAGUCUGGUGUCGUUGAGCUAGUGACCUUAAAGCAGGAGAUCGCGCGUGAGGCCCUGGCCGCAUUAACCAGUGGUGGCUCUACGAUUGAACCGGGUCGGACCUUGAACUCACCAGGCGCUAUAGCAUUCCAAAACAUUCCCGAAAGCAAAUUCUAUGUGAUUACUGCAUCGCUUUCUUUCCCGAAAGCUUGUCGCGAGAGUGGUUUACGAGCUGGCUUCCAGAUCCUGUCUUCUGAAUACGAGAGUACGACCAUCUACUACCAAUUCUCCAACGAAUCUAUCAUCAUCGACCGCAGCAAUUCCAGUGCCGCGGCGAAGACGACGAAUGGUAUCGAUUCUCGUAACGAAGCAGGUCGACUACGUCUGUUUGACUUGGUGCAAGAUGGCCAGCAGGAGAUAGAAAGUCUUAACUUGACUAUAGUGGUCGAUAAUUCUAUUGUCGAAGUGCAUGCUAAUGGGAGAUUCGCUCUAAGUACUUGGGCUCGAUCUUGGUAUGCUGCUUCCCGAGAAAUUAGAUUCUUCCACGACGGUGAAGGGGAGGUGGUAUUUGGAGACGUGACUGUUCACGAGGGGCUAUAUGACGCUUGGCCGGAUCGAAAGGAUGAGCAGUAGAACGGCAAAGAAAAUAAUAUUCAAUAACCUUUUUCAAUUCGCUUUCUUGGCGGAGAAUAAAGUAAUAAUCAUGAUGAUCUAUGUAGUAGGGAUUCUCAUCCUUCAUCCAUCAACUAACUGAACUAACUUGAUGGUGAUCACUUCAUUACCACCCGGGCAGACAAAUUGUCCUUGAAGUGUCAGAACUUAAAAAUAAAUAAACAAUCGUAUGUCGUCGAAAAAACGAGGAGUGUAGACAAUGAUACGCUGCGCCACGAUAGGUUUCAUCAGACAUAUCAGUCCAGGGUACGAUGCGCGAGGAACCAGCGUAUCUCCCACCAAUUCCCUCUGUUAUU